AAAGACGAAAAAGUAGAAGGUAGAAAUAUAUUCUCCUUUGUUUUGUUUUUUCCAAUUUAAAACCAUCGUUCCUAUUCAUCCUACAGUUUCGUGGUUGCGUGCCUAUCGUAUGGAGCUUUUUUAUGGUUCGUCGUCGUCGCCGUCGCCGUCGCCGCCACCACCCCAAAACAUCUCCUCUGUUUUCUCUGCCUGAUUCUCACCGCAAACCCUAAUUUCGCGCCCAAUUCAAUUAUUCAUUCAUUCAACCAAACCAUGUUUCAAUGGCGGAACUUUGCGAAAUCAGCGGAGGCCACGUUCUCGCGGUGGGCCCUCAAGAGGGUUUGCAAGUUCUUCCUCAAGAAGAAACUGGGCCAGUUCAUCCUAGGCGAAAUCGACCUCGACCAGCUCGACGUUCAACUCUCGCAGGGCACUAUUCAGCUCUCCGAUCUCGCGCUCAACGUCGACUUCGUCAACUCAAAGUUUGGCAAGACAUCAUCCUUAAUGGUUAAAGAAGGUUCAAUUGGCUACCUGUUGAUUAAAAUGCCUUGGAGUGGUAAAGGUUGUGAGGUUGAAGUGAAUGGACUUGAAAUAGUAGUUUCUCCAUGCACAGAUAAAAUGUCAACUAGUGAAGGUGAAACUUGUGGCUUGGAUGAUAGUGACAAUCAACACCUCAAAAGCUCAAUGAGGACUGAGCAUGAAGUAUUAGAUGAUGCUCAGAAGUCAACUUCAAUGGAUGUUCAUGAAGGUGUUAAAACUAUUGCAAAGAUGAUAAAGUGGUUGCUCACAAGCUUCCAUGUUACAAUAACAAAUAUAAUUGUUGCAUUUGAUCCAUCCUUAGAUAAUGAAGAAAAUAAAACACAUUGUCGUCAUUCCUUAGUUCUUCAGAUUUCUGAAAUACAAUGUGGAACUAGUCUGUCUGAAGAUGCCAAUUCAAAUGUUGAUGUCCUUGGUAUAAGCCGGCUAACAAACUUUGUAAAAUUUCGUGGAGCAGUUAUUGAGCUUCUCAAAAUAGAUAAUGAAGAUGUAUACUUUCAACAUGAAUCAGGAGCAGGAUGUGGUGAACCUGUUUUGGGGUCAAAUAUAGCAACAUGUCCAAUCAUGACUGGGAACCAAGGUGGAUUUAGUGGAAAUAUUAAAUUAAGUAUUCCUUGGAAAAAUGGUUCUUUGGACGUUUGCAAGGUGGAUGCUGAUGUUUGUGUUGAUCCCAUAGUGUUAAAGUUUCAACCUAGCACUAUUAGAUGGCUAUUGCAGUCAUGGGAAACUCUUAAGAAUCUGAAUAAGGGUGGAAAAGGUUGCACAAAUCACAACUCAAGAGGAUCUGCCCAAUUGAAUUCUACAUUGUUCUGUCAUUCAUCAACUUCAGUUUCUAUUACCAAUGCUCCCAGUGAGAUGAUGACUGCUAAUGGUAGUUUGACAGCUGAUUACACUUCUUUAACCCAACCUGAAACCCUUGCUGAAGAUUUACUUCCUGCGGCUCAUCUUAUAUCCAAUUGGGUGCCAUUGUCUACUCAUAUAAAUCCUAAAGAUGGUAUUCAAGAACCUGAUUUUGGGGCAAGUGUGGACCAGUUUUUUGAAUGUUUUGAUGGAAUGAGAAAUUCUCAAUCAGCUUUAGGGAGCAGUGGAAUGUGGAAUUGGACAUAUUCAGUUUAUAGUGCUAUUACUGCUGCAUCCAGCCUUGCUUCUGGAUCUUUGCAUAUUCCAUCUGAACAGCAACAUAUGGAAACCAAUCUCAGGGCUACUUUUGCUGGAAUAUCUGUUGUUUUGUCCUUCUGCGUUGAUGAACAGAAUAAUUUUUCUGACCCUGAAAUCGGUCACAAGGUUGGAUUACAAAUUGAUUAUCUUGGUGCAGAGUGCAAUGACAUUGUUAUUGCUUUGCAGGUAUGCCCUCAAGGUAUGACUCUUAAUGGAAAGGUGAAGCAUGUAGAAGUUGCUAAUUUCUUGAACAUUGGAAUUGAUGCUAAAAAUCAAAGUGCUUUGGUUCAACACCUACAAGCUAAGGUCCUUGAUGCUCUCCCUUCAUCUACCUCUUACAAUGUAGAUUCACAUUCAUUAAUUGGGCCAGUUGCAACAGAUUUUCCAUUUGGAAAUAAUGAUUGCUUGUUGAAAGUUACAUUGUUCAGAACUUUUGGUGUCACAAAUUGCAAAUGUUCAACGCAAUCAAGUUCAUCAGAUGGUUGUCAGAAAGGGAUGACAUCAUUCUCACUGAACUUGCCCCCAUUUAUUUUCUGGGUAAUCUUUUCAGUAAUAAAUGUUCUCUUGAAUCUCAUAAAGGAAGUUGAAAAAUCACUUGAAAUGCAUAAUAAAGUAAAGGAAAUUCUGUCUGAAGUCUCAGAUUAUAAGUGUGGAUCAUCUCAGAGUGAUAUGAAGGAAGGUUCUGGUCCCUGUGUGACAUCUUUCUCCACAACAGAAUGCUUGCAUGGUGAUAUAUCAAUUUCUAAUGCAAGAGUGAUACUGUGUUUUCCUUUUGGAAGGGAUAGGGAUCAUAAAAAUUCAUUUUCCUGGGAACAGUUCAUUGCUCUUGAUUUUACUUCAUUGUCACCUUUGAACAAGGGUUGCACUCCAGAUUAUAGUCAAACUUCAAAUGCAAGUUCGAAGAAAAGGUUUCCUUCAGUAGCUGCUCAAUCUUUUCAAUUGAGUUUCUAUGAUCUUGACAUCUACUUGAUCACAUCAAGUAAUGAGAAUGGUAGAAUCACUUCCUAUGAUGUGCAGAAUGAGAAAUUUUCUGCUAGCUGCUUCUUUUCUAUUUUUCAUAGAAGUGGAUGUUUCUCUGUUGUUCGUGUUGUUUGGCAGGGGGGUCAAGUGACUGGUCCUUGGAUUGCUAAGAAAGCCAGAUUAUUUGCCAAUUCAGAGCAAACAAGGGGCAAAGAUGAUAUUGGAGGAAGGGGGUAUGAGUUUGCAUCUGCAUCAACAGUGAAAGAUAUGGAAGAUUGGAAAUCUCAAACUCAACAAGAGAUGAUUCUAAGCUCAUCAUUUCUCAUGCAUGUCCAUCUAUCUCAAGUUGUGAUUAAUGUGAAUGAUUCAAAAUAUAAAGGCAUACAUCACAUUCUACAUCAGAUGCUGAAUGCAUUGGCAUGUGUGACUUCUAAGGAAGCCAAUAUUGAGAAGGAAUCUUCUGUCUCACAAUCAUCAGUAUUUUUGGAAUGUGAUUCUCUAGAAAUUCUUAUUAGUAGGGAUACAUCUGCGAGUAUCAAAAGUUCAAUCAAGAGUGAAAUUCCUGGAAUGUGGAAUCAAUUCAGGCUGAAGGUUCAAAAGUUUGAGUUGCUGUCUGUCACUAAUACUGGUGGUGUUAAGGCUGUGAGUUUUUUCCGAUUAACUCAUGGUGAAGGCAAGUUGUGGGGGUUUGUCACCGGAGUUCCUGAUCAUGAGUUUCUUCUGAUUACUUGUAGCAACUCCUCUGUGAAGCGAGGUGAUGGAGGAGGUUCUAAUGCAUUAUCUUCUAAAUGUGCUGGUUCCGAUGUCAUUUGUCUCUCUGACCCAGAGAUUUCCCAUAGUAUUACAUCUGUAACUGUCAGUUGUGGUACGGUUUUAGCUGUAGGUGGUCGUUUGGAUUGGUUUGAUGCAAUAUUAUCCUUUUUCAGCUUGUCUGCUUCUAAUACCAAAGAUGCAGGUGAUACUAGUAUGCCAAAGAAGGAACAGAAUAUCUCUUACACGACUUAUUUUGUUCUCUGCUUGAUUGAUAUUGCUUUGAGCUAUGAGCCUUAUAUGAAGAAUCUUGUAGUUCAGAGUGAACUUAAUUCAGAGUCUGGCUGUUCUUCUAUCAAAAAAGAUACGAGUGAACAAUGCGUUUCAUGUUUGUUGGCUGCAUCCAGCUUAACUCUUUCAAAUUCAUCUUCGAAAGAUACAGUUGGAAGUGUUUUCCAAAUCAGAGUGCAUGACCUGGGGCUUCUUCUUCAUUUAAUGUCAGAACUGAAUUCUUUGUCUGGCAUUUAUAGUGUUGAACAUCUUCAAAAGACUGGUUACUUUAAAGUUGCUCAGGAGGCUUUUAUGGAGGCUAUUUUGAAAACAAACUGUGCUAGUGGUCUUCUUUGGGAACUGGAAUUAUCUAAAUCUCACCUUUCUGUGGAAACUUGCUACGAUACAACUGCUACUCUGAUUCGUUUGGCUGCUCAACUUCAGCAAUUAUUUGCACCUGAUGUGGAGGAAUCUAUUGUGCAUUUGCAGAAUAGGUGGGAUAAUGUUCAACAGGCACAGCAAAGGAAUGAAUUUAAAAAUGAAAAUAAGAAUCUCAGAUUUGAUUCGAUGUCUGCAACUUCUAAACAGUACUCCGCUCAAACAUUUUCAACCGAUGGAUCUAGUAUAGCUGGCUUGAUGGAUGAAAUAUGUGAAGAUGCAUUUCAGGUAAAUAACAAUAAUGCGCACCAAUCUUAUCCUUUUGAAUCAGGGUUUUGCAUGCCACUUGAUGGAAGCUUAAUUGAGGUUGGUCAGAUGAAUUUGGAUGAGCCUGAAGUUCUCUCUCAUGAAUUGACUUUGACUGAGUCAGUGUCUGUGAUAGGACCAGAAGGUAGUCACACUUCAUAUCUGCAAGAAGGUUGCUUUCCAGAGAUUAUAGAAAGCUAUUGUUUGUCUGACUUACGCCCUCUGUCGGAGCUAUCUUUAGGUAUACAUUCUGAUGAGCUUUCUAGACACAAACUGAGGAAUGUGGAACAUAGAGAGAUUGAAAGAGGAAGUGGUGGAUGGUAUGGAGGCACCUCUCUAAAAGUAUUAGAAAACCACAUUUCAGAGGAAAGCAAACAAGCUGGACCAUUAAAGGUUGUAGAUCAUCAUGGCAUGCUUUCAUCUGAUGGUAGUUCAUCAUAUGGUGAGACUUGUGGACGUGUAAUUCUUAAGAAAAUUGAUAUAAGAUGGAGAAUGUAUGGGGGUUCUGACUGGCUUGACUCAGAGAAAAGUGGACCGCAUUCUGGGAGAGACACAUCCGUUUGCUUGGAACUUGCAUUGUCUGGGAUGAAAUUUCAGUAUGAUGUAUUUCCAGUUGGUGGGCUACGUGUAUCUAAGAUGUCUGUCUCUGUUCAAGAUUUUUUUCUGUAUGACAGAAGCCAAGAUGCACCUUGGAAACUGGUAUUAGGAUAUUAUCACUCAAAAGGCCAUCCUAGGGAAUCUUAUUCGAGAGCAUUUAAAUUGGACUUGGAGGCAGUGAGACCAGAUCCUCUUACUCCCCUUGAGGAGUACAGGUUAAAUGUUGCUAUUUUACCUAUGCUGUUACACCUACAUCAAAGCCAGCUUGAUUUUCUUGUUAAUUUCUUUGGGAGAAAAAACACAUUGAAGGAUCAGUUUCCUAAUAGUUGUCAAGAUUUGGAGGGUUCAAAAUCAUUGCCUGAGACGACUCAGAAAAAUAAAGAUCUUGCAUUUCAUUCAAUUGCACCAGAGGCACUGCUUCCCUAUUUCCAGAAGCUAGAUAUAUGGCCUAUUAAUGUUCGGGUGGAUUACAGUCCCAAUCGUGUAGAUCUAGCAGCAUUAAGUCAUGGAAAGUAUGUAGAACUUGUAAAUCUUGUCCCUUGGAAGGGGGUUGAGCUUAACCUGAAACAUGUUCAUGCUUCUGGCAUCUAUGGUUGGGCCAGUGUUUGUGAAACUACUGUAGGGGAGUGGUUGGAAGAUAUAUCUCAAAAUCAGAUUCAUAAAAUACUGCGGGGGCUUCCUACAGUACGGUCAUUGAUUGCAGUUGGGGCUGGUGCUGCUAAGCUGGUUUCAUCACCAGUACAGAGCUACAAAAAGGAGCGGAGAGUGCUCAAGGGUGUGCAGAGAGGUACGAUGGCAUUUCUUCGAAGCAUUUCUCUUGAAGCUGUUGGACUUGGAGUUCAUCUAGCUGCUGGAGCCCAUGACAUUCUGCUCCAAGCAGAAAUUCUUGCAAGCAUACCCUCUCCAGUUCCUCUGCCUGUAAAAGACAAAUCGAAAACAGAUGUUCGAUCUAAUCAACCUAAAGAUGCUCAAGAAGGAAUUCAACAGGCUUAUGAGAGUCUUAGUGAUGGCUUGGGAAAAUCUGCUGCCGUGUUAGUUCAGAACCCCUUGAAAAAAUUCCAGCGAGGUUCAGGUGCAGGACCUGCCUUGGCUGCUGCUGUUCGAGCAGUUCCUGCUGCUGCCAUAGCCCCUGCUUCGGCUUGUGCAAGUGCUGUACACUAUGCUCUUCUUGGAUUCAGAAAUAGCCUUGAUCCCGAACGUAAAAAGGAGUCUAUGGAGAAAUAUUGUCCAACACAACCCUGGGAAGAAGACUGAUUAAUGGUGCCAUUGGUGAGAUAUUACUGUGUUUGUACUAAAAUGACAUUAGAAUUUUAAGAUUUUGUUUUUAACUCUGCAGAUUAUUAUGUGAGGAUUGAAUAGUUGAUUCUCUUGCUUCCCUGACCAAGCAGAUUCAGAAGAGCUUUUUUUUUUAAUUUGCUGGGCAGUCUCCCGCGUAUCAUAUGUACAGCAACAGAACCAGUCAGCUGAUUCUUUUCUACCAGAUUCAGAGUAACUGUAAAUAUGGGUGGUGCUUGUUAAUCAUAUUCUUAUUCAAACGGAUGUCAUUGUACACUAUGAGUAUCAGAUUUCUAUUAUUUCUUGUUGGCUCCUGACGAUACUAGAAGGCCUCAAUUGAACUUUGGUUUCAAAUUCCUUACAACGAAAAUCAUGUUUUUGCUAGAGAGGCGUGUACUGAAGGAGUCCUUUGGUGAACUUAUUCUUUGUUUGGAAGUGUGAUAUUAGUAAGACAGGAUACUGAUUUAUUUAUAUGGUGUGUAAGUGCGGAUUUGGCUUCUGAAGCAUAUGUUUGAAAGUCAAGUUAUAAAGGAAAAUUGGGGGAGGAUGAUAAGUUUUUCAUUUUUAA